UACAGUGAGUGUUUACAGUGAGUGAUACAUAAAAAAAAAAGUAAAAAGUGACAACCUUAUUAUAUUAUGUGACACCACCAUGGGCUGCGGAUCGUCCGGCAACGUGGUGCCAGUUGAGGGCGCCAAUGGCACCGCGAAUGGCAACGGCAAGGCGAAUGGUGCCAAUGGGCACCACGACGAUGGCUUGCCAACGGUGGUCCUGCCAGAAACGCCGGUUAAACCGAAACCUCAGCAUACCGGUGUCCCAAUUGCCUUCGAAAUCCCAUUGGAAGAGUUCGACGCACAUCAACGGACAGAAACACCUCCACCGCACCUUCAACGCCUCCUGCAGCCACCGCAGCAAGAAAUUAGCCUGCCUGACAUAGAGGAAAAACUCGCCGAAGCCGAACAGAGGAGACAACAGAUUUUGCAACAAAGGGCGGCAUCUGCGCAGAAGAAGGCACAGAGGAUGACCAGGUCUUUCCAACAAAUGGAUGGACUCGAUUCGGAACACGAAAUGAUUGAUUCCAUCAAACAUGCCCCGAAGCCGUUGACCAUCCCACCCGAUCCAGGAUUGGUGGAAGAUAAAAAUAUAUCAUAAUUCAUUAUAAGACAUCGUAUAUUACUAUUUAAUUAUAGGUAUAAUGUUAUCCAAUCAAAAACUUUUGGUUUACGCAAUAGGAAAUCGUUUAUAGGUUGAAAAAGGUGAACGUUUUAGGUACUUGAUAAAUAAUAAAAAAUCUGAAUAUUUACAAAAUCACUUUUAAAUUAUGAUAUGGUACCUAGCCUACUUAUUUAUACUUAACUGACUAUUCGUACUCAUCAUGGUUGAA